AUGUCGUUGGAUUCCGUGGCCGAUGAAUACCGGAGGAUUUGUGAGGAAAUAGGAGUCAAACCGGUUGCAAGCUUGGAAGAGGCGCUUGCACGUUCCCCCGAGACCAUUGAUCUCAGCUUGGUUUUCUUUUCAUCGGCACACUUCGAAUCCAUCAUUCAGCUGAUUGAGCGGCGCUUUGAAAUCAAAAAGGUCGAUCUCAGUGGAAUGCAAUUGCCCACUGAGCAGUUGGUCCGUUUCUUUUCCGCACUGAAAGGCAGCUGCGUUAGAAAUCUUGUCCUCCGAAACGUUGUUCUGGAUGUGACAAGUGGAGAAGCAUUAAAGAAAUUAUCUACUGAAUGUGAAGGACUUACUGAUAUGGAUCUUUCUGGAACCAUGCUACCUGAGGUUUUUCAAAUUCCUAUAAUGACGCAAGUGGAAUUGAAUAAAGUUAAUUGUGAAGAGGCUAUGAGUUGUUGGCGCGAUGUAGUUGAACCAGAGGCACCCAAGUCAUGGAGAUGGCGAAUGGAAUCUUGGACUGAAGAGAAUUCGGCAGAAAUCCGUGGUGUCUCAAUGAGGACACAAGAAUGGUCAUCCCUUCAGCAAACCUUGCGCGGUGUGAUGGCUAAUCAUUCUCUUUUUAGCGAUAAGGAAUUUCCACCUGAGGUUGCUAUUAAGGACCCCAAUGUUCUAUGGAUGAGAGUGAGUAGCCUUGAGAAGGACUCGAAAAAACGAGAAACUUCUUGUGUAGGAGGGAAACCUUUGUAUCACUCUGUAAUUAAUGAUACACAGAACUUAUGUUCAGCCCUCAAUAUUGUUCAACAGGUCCAUUAUCUUCGAAAGCAUCUCUGUAUUAGGCGUCUUCCAGAAAUAGGCGUUUUUGCUUUCCGUUUUUUUGUGAACGAUACUUCAGUGGAGGUUGUCAUAGACGACCAAAUCCCUUUGGUAAAUGGUGUUCCCGGCGGUAUUCACCAUGGCUAUGACACUGGAGAUUAUUGGGGAUGCUUGGUGGAAAAAGCUUUCGCUAAACUUCACGGUGGGUAUGAAAACAUAUCCGGUGUGGCAUUUGGUUACGCCCUUUCAAGGCUAACCGGGGGAAUUUGUUUUGAGAUCAACUGGAAAGUUUUGAAAUUGCACUUUACUGAAAUAGAAAUGUUCAGUUUUCUCCGAGGGUUAAUUAAUACGAAGAAAGUUCUUGCAUCUUUAUGUAUUCCGUCUAAUGCAAUGAUAACACAUUCUCUAGAAGAAAAAGGUAUUUGCCCUUAUAUGUCGUAUAUUGUUUCUGCUGCUGAGGCGGUUAGAGAUGAGAACCCAUACCUCUCAUAUGUAGUGCAACUCUCGUGUCCCAAUGAGACAAUGUACAAGGAUGCUCUCCGUAUUUUACACUGUAAUGCAGAUAAUGUUUCUGGAUUACCGAGAUACUGGAUUAGUUUUGAAAACUAUUUAGCUUAUUUUGACAGAACCUGUCUACUACUAUGGCCACAGAGUGAUCCUUUAACUAAUCACAAAUGUGUUGUGGAACAUUUAUGUAACUGUUUUGGGGGUUCAGACAGCACUUCAACUUUUGCAACAAAUCCUUCUUUCCUGCUUGCGAAUCAGGGCAGAACACAGUGUGAGGUUAUGAUUGUGUUGCGGCGGAAAGAAAUUGACGAAAAUGUUUGUAAUGGUUGGAUUCAGAUGCAUAUUUACAAAGGAAUUGGUAGUGAAAUAGAGGCUGAACGAAGAUAUAACAUAUCUUCAAAAAAUAAAUUACUCUCAACAGAAAAAAUGUAUGGUGAUCAAGUUGCGCUUGUUAUUUGUCUGGGUAAGAAUGAAAGACUUCAGCUCACCACAUCAGCGUCUCCAAAAUGUAAAUGCACUUUGACAGCAGCAUCUGUUGAUCCUUUUCAGCUGAUACCACUUCCUUCUCACUAUGAAUGUACAAUUGAAGGCGAAUGGGGAGCAGAUUCCACCAUAAGGCCUGCAUUAAUUUUAAUAAAUAUCAACAAGGAAAAAGUUGAAAAACUAGUGGUGGCCCUUUCACAAAAGCCAGUUGGUAGGCGAACGUUUGGUAUUGGUGUGAAGGUCUUUUCAGGUGAUGCUUCGCGUUUAGGAAAUGAGCAGACCCGUUUAACCACUGAGUAUAGUACGGAUGUCGUAGUGGUGUUUUCUUUGAAAAUGACAAUAGAACCAAAUGAGUCGGUCACUAUUAUUCCUUUGGCUAAAACGGGACGUGAAGUUGUAGAGAUGUCUAUGAGUGUUUAUUGUGAAGUUCCGUUACAGGCUAAAAGAGUGAUGCUAUGA